AUGAACAUGGCUCAACCUACAUCUUCCAGGGCACUUCUUGCUAGCCCCACGGCUCCGACGAACAUGAUUCCGCCAGCGCUACCAUCCAGCCCCACGGCUACACCAGAACCACGACAAUAUCGCUCCCCCCAUCCGUCUUCCCGACUCGACGAUUACCAAUGCUACUCGGGUAUGCCAUCCCCCCUUGUGUCGUACCGGCUUCUUCUACUUCUUCAGCAUUCAUGCCGCCGCUGGAACACCCCUGCAACCGUCGGAGCAUCCCACGCUCUGUCUCUCUCUCGCCAAAGCACACAACCGAACUUUGCCUUCUCCCAGCUGCCGACAAUUGACUCCGAUUACAAUCAAUUCGCGGCGGCGGCGAUAGCCACAUCCCUCUCCGAGCAUCGGUUGCACUCACUUCCUGACGGCUCUAUUUUCUCGUGGUGUCCCGAAUCUUAG